GUAGUGCAGCUCUCAACUGUCCAGAAAAUACGAUUAAAUUAAAUUUUCUCUCAAAUAUAUGCAUACAUUAUUAGUUGAAAGUGACCUUAAAAUAUAAGUUGUUCAUAUAGUGCUUAAUCCAGGUGAUUUCGCAUUCCUCCUGAAGCGAAGGAUAUCAGUGUCGUUGUAACGUGCGUUCUCAUAGCUGAUGUGCUGGACUCAAGCAUGGAGGUUGCUGAAGCCAUUGAUAGCAGACCACCAUUAGCAGCUCUGUCUCCCUGCCAGCAGAACACUGAUGCUGGAGAUGAGGAUUUCUCCAAACUCACUUCUUCACAGUUUGGCAUAUCAUCAGACAGUUUCCUACCUUCCUCCAAGAUUAUAGAUAAGUCCAGAUUGGCUCAAUUAAAGGCAAGAAGGAGAUCAUCGAUUGGGGUCCGGGGAUCGCCAGAAACAAACUCUCUCAUCUGUUUCAGAGCCAAACAAGCAGCAAAAACUCCCCCACGAACACCACAGCUUUUGCAGGGAAGUCCAUUUCUUUCACGCUGUGACUCUCUGAAAAAGAAGUUGGCUGUUUUCCAGUGUCUGAUGGAGGAAGAGGAGGAAGGGAAAGGUGAAUCAAGGAAGAACGAGGAGAAUGAGAGUGUGGAAAGCACUUUGGCUAAAGAAUCUCAAAAUGGAAAGGAGCACAUGCUCACCAUGCAAAGCUCACCCUCUUCAAUAACACCUCCACCCUCCAAGAAACGCUGUAGGGUCCCACAAGUGGGAUGUGAGGACAAGAUUACUGCCUCGUCACUCCAGUACCCCACCCUCACAAUGCAACCGGAGCAAUGGGUGAGAUGCUCUGAGUCUAUAAGUCUGGUUUCAGAUUCAAAGAAUGAGCUUCUUUCUUUACCCAUGUUGUCAAAUGCGGAAAUUAAGGCAACAGAUGAAAAUAUGGUGGUCUCAAUAUGUAAGAAGAAGCGUGUUCGUUUUGGUGCACCACUCUCCCCAGAGUUCUUUGACAAAACCCUCCCUCCCAGCACCCCUUUGCAGAAAGGAGGCACCCCAAUGUGUCCACCGUCAUCUACAGGAACAAAACGUUCUCUGCUGAAGACCCCUCAAAGAUGCGAGCCCCCUCUCCCCCAACCUGACUUCAACAGUCCCCAGAACAAUGGAGCCUCCCCUGUCCUGGUUAUUGAUAGAUGUAGCACCGGACUUGUGUACAGUGAUGAUGUGUUUGAAGAGAUUGAAAAGAUCAGCUUUCCCAAUAUGGAUGAAGAGUCUCCCUCAAACAAACCUUCAGAGUGCUGCAAAGAUAUAUUCUGUGAUGAGGACUCAAGGCUUCCCCUGGCUAAAGACGCUGAAGUUAUGAAUGCUGCGUUUCAAGAGGAUGCCGAUGUACCAUCAGAUUCACAGACCGAGGAAAAACUGCCAUCCCAAACAGGCGAUCAGCCACUAGCUCUCUCCACAGCAGAUGCUGAUCUGGAAUCGGUGUCUGUCGCCAGCACUAAACCAACUCGCUCACGCAGUAAGAAAAGAAAGCAACCAGGAGACAGUGAGCCAGAGAAAAGGAGAAGCACUCGUACAGCUGCCACAUCUGCUUCAGGAAAGAUGACGAAAUCCUCAGGGCUUAAAAGGCGAUUUGGCAACAAGGACGUGAAUCGCUCUCUGUAUGGGAAAAGAGACUAUGCCUCUAAAAACCCUUUACUCAGUCCCAUUUUUGAGACUACGUCCACCAGUUUCAACAGCACACCAAUACAGACCCAAUCAGGAAAACUAACAGAUGGCAAGCAAGACUGCAAUCAAAUGGACACUGUUCCCCAUAGCAAGACUGUUCAUACUAUGGUAAGUCUGGAGACUGCUGCUUUAUCUGAAGGUACCCUGGUUAAUGAAAACGAGCAGAACAUGACUUGUUUGGAACACUCAGCCAGCACUAAGGGUCCCACUUGUAGAAGAGAGACUGGUUUAAAGGUGCACAAAUCCAAACGCAACUCUGAGAGGCCUGCACACCAACGGCGUAGAUCAGGUACAAUCAAGAGAAAUGGACUGAGCGAUCCAGCCAUUGACUCCACUACUGAAUCAGAAGUUGAAAUGGGCGAUUACAACGUGGAGAGCCAAGAGUCAACCGUAGCUGCCAGUUUAGACCUUAUGAAUCAAGACAAUCCUGAUGGAACAGCACUUCAUCAAGCUGAGCACUGUGAGAAAGAGGAAGCUAAGAUUUUAGUAAGCUUUGACACUCCAACUAUGGUACCAAAUGCAGACCAUGUAACCACUGAGAGGUCAGAGCAGAAGAUGCCAAGACAUGGAUACGUCCAAAAGACCCUGAAAAGUCCUUGUGUGAAGGUUGAUGUUUUGGUAGCAGAAGUAGACAUGAAUGGUCAGUACGAGAAAGUUGAUCAAACGGAGUCGUCAGAAUGUAAGACUGGACCCAUAGAGCCCGGAUUGGCCCCCUGGCAGCAGAUCGACUUUAACAUUGACGACAUCCUGAAACCUGUGGCGAGGAGUCGAGGUUCAGUGCGACGCAGCCUGAGGAACCGUAGGAGCGUGGACCUCCAGGCUGUGGGUCUGGCUUGGGUGGACCAUACCUCCCCAGAGCUGAGUAAGGCAACUCGACGGAGAACGCGUGGCAGACUCAGUGGAGUAUCAGAACCACUUGUUAUUCAGGCCUCUGAGGAGCCAAUGCCAAAUCUGGGAGAGUAACUGACCUUGGUGAUCUGAAUGUGUCAUACUAAUGGAUAAUCUACACAACAAUGAGAAUUCUGUCAUCAUUUACACAGCCAUAUGUUGUUCCAAACCCAUAUAACUUUCUAGAUGCUAGGCUAAAUUAACUGACAGCCUCAGUCACCGUUUACUUUCAGUUUAUUCUGCCUUAAUAUCUCCUUUUGUGUUCCAUAGAAGAAAGUCGGGUUACGAACAGAAAAUUAUUGAAUAUGAAUUUUUGGGUGAACUGUCCCUUUAAAUUACUUUUAAAAUUAACUUUGUUGUAAAUCUUAUGUAUUGCUUUAAAUUGUUUUUUAUUAUUAUUAUUUUAAUCUUAAAGGGAUAUUUCACCCCAAAACAAAAAUUCUCAUCAUUUACUCACUCUCAUGCCAUCCCAGGUGUGUAUACUUCUGCAAACACACUUUUUUUUUUUUUUUAAAAGAGUGUCUUCGCUGCAUGGUCCAUACAAUGCAUGUGAAUGGUGACCAAAACUUUAAAGCUCCAAAAAUCACAAAGAAUCAAUAAGUAAUCCAAAUUUCAAAAUCGAUAUAAUAUUUGUAGGUGUGCAAGAACAAUAUUUAAGUCCUUUUUUACUCUAAAUCUCAUCUUUGACCUGCCUCAGACAGUGAACUGAAUGUGAAAGUGAAAUUCACUAGAGGUAGACCGAUGUAUCUGUUUUACAGAUUAAUCUGUGCCGAUAGUUGCUUUUUAGAACUAUUGUUGUCUGCAGAAAUCUAUGUCGAUAGUUGCCAAUGGUAUUUUCAGUCUUUUUUAUACUUUGUGUUUUACACCAAAUCUGAAUUUGUUUGGGAGAUUUUGGUUGAACAAUAAACUGCAUCUUAGGUUUUAUUCAUUUAGGACUCCUAGUCUGUGCCCGUUAUAUAAAUUUUUUACAUUCUAUAAAUCGAUUUUAAAAUCUUUCAUCCGAUUAAUCGGUUAUCGGUUCAAAAAAGAACUUGAAUAUUGAUCGGUUUCUCACCCACACCUACAUAUUGCUUCUGAAUAUAUAACUUGAACCACUGGAGUCUUAUGACUACUUUUAUGCUGCCUUUUGGGGCCUUCAAAGUUCUGGUCACCAUUCACUUGCAUUGUGAGGACCAACAGAGCUGAAAUAUUCUUUUAAAAAUCGUUUUGUUCUGCAGAAGAAAAAGUCAUACACAUCUCUGAUGACAUGAGGGCAAGUAAAGGAUGAGAGAAUAAAACAUGUUGGGUGAUCUGUACCUUUAAUGAUUGAAACCAACCUCUUAUUAAGAAGAUUUUGUAAUUGAUUAGCUCUAGAUUAUUUCUGCUCUUUAAAUCUUUGCUAAUGCUGUUGAUGAUAAGGUGAUUUUCCUGUGAUAAUCUCAUUUUGCUAUAUGUAAAUGAAAAUGCUGAUUAGUUUGGACUAAUAUGGUCUUCUACUGUAAAUAUCUGCUUUGCAAUCCAACAGCUCAAUACAAAUACUUGCAUUCAAAAGGUAUAAACUUGUUUCUUAGUCGCCAUGCUUAGUGCACCUGUCUGUGAAAACAUUUAGGCUACAAGUUAUGGAACUGCUUUAAAUAUUAUGGGGGGGGGGUCAUAUUUCACACCAAAAUCAAAAUAAUUUUUUUUUUUUCCCAUUGUGGCAUUAUUUUCAUGCCAUAUUAUUUUUUCACACUCUGAUGUCAAUUUUGUUUUACUGCAAUGCACCUGGAUGUUUUGUCAAUGAAAUAUUCUAAUUACUGUAAUACAAUAAUUCAAGUAUAAUUAGCAUACAUUAAAAGCAGCACAACACAUUCAUAAUCCAGUAAUGAGGAUUGGAUUUGUUCAUAUCACGGGUAAUGAAUUUAUGGAAGAAAGUGCUGAAUUGUCUUGCAAGUAAUGCACAAA